UUUAGCAUAUCAUAACUCCAAAAUUGUGCCUUUCUUUAAUUUACUUGACAUUUUUGAAACUGUUGAUACACUGUAUGGCGGUAACAAGGCUCAGUUGGGAACGGUUGCGUCGUCGAGUUUGAUGAAAACGAGGUCAGGAACAGACUAACGUUAGCUCCUCCUGGCGGAUUCUUCUUUCGUUAUUUUAAGGUUAAACUAACUCAAACUAGACAGAUAACAAUGUCGUGGACUGCUUCGUCUGAUUAUUUCGCUGCCGAGUGUCUUGUAUCGAUAUCUAGUGGCCCUGUGCUGCACAGACCCACCCCGGUCGCCCCCGCCAGCCAGUCGGCCACGGUGGGCCUGCUCCCCGGGGAGCCCGAUGGGUCGAGCGAGGACAGGGAGGUGCGGGAGACUCUGCGGCUGGAGGGGGCAAACAUGAUGGCGGUGGCGGGUAUCCUCACCGACCUGCACGGCAAGUUCCGCCCGAUGUCGGCCUACUCUGAGAGUAGCAACUCCUCGUGUGGUGGUGAGAGCGGUUACACCACGUUGUCCGACCCCACCACCCCUACAAUGACCCCCUCCGCCACCCCGGUCCCCGGACAGCAGCAGCAGCUGAGGGGGGGAGGAGGAGGAGGCGUGGGGGCCCCGCGGUCCCCGGUGAAGCGACAUCAGUGCACGUUUGACGGAUGCGACAGAGUUUACGGGAAAUCGUCCCACCUGAAGGCACACAUCCGGACACACACAGGUGAGAGGCCCUUCCCAUGCACCUGGCCCGACUGCGAAAAGAAGUUUGCCCGCUCUGAUGAGCUGGCCCGCCACACCCGCACCCACACAGGGGAGAAACGCUUCCUGUGCCCACUGUGCGAUAAGCGUUUCAUGCGCAGUGACCACCUGAUUAAGCACGCCCGCCGUCAUCCUGACUUCCAGCCCUCCAUGUUGGGACGCAGCAAGGGCACAUCCCCCUCUCCCGGCCCAGCCAUGCACCAUUGA